UUGUGCGCGUGUGCGUUCCUUUACGCACGGCAGGAGCGACUUGUUGCAAUCCGUCAUUGGAUUUCACAAGACGUUGCGAAGAAUGCGGAAAUUUAGUAUGAAUUUAAACUCGGCAAAAUUUCAUUGACAUGUUCCAUGGUAGGGUCCCCGCGAGCCUGGUCUAGAUUAUUUUGGUGCAACGCGCACACUUGCCUGUAGUGCAUUAUACCUUUUUCAGAGUUUGUGAGGGAGACAAACAAACAUUAAGAGACCAGGGAGUGUAGAGGUUCACAGAAUUUAUAUGAAUCAUCAUGCCUCCACAUCCCAUAAUCCAGGCAGUCAUCGACUUCUUAGCUGGAGCAAUGGGUGGUACAGCUUGUGUGCUGAGCGGUCAGCCGUUUGACACCACAAAGGUUAAGAUGCAGACAUUCCCCACCAUGUACCGCGGCUUCAUCCACUGCUUCACAUCGACCUACAGGCAGGUGGGACUAAGUGGUCUCUACAAAGGAGCGACCCCAGCUCUCAUAGCCAACAUCAGUGAGAACGCUGUGCUCUUCUUGAGUUAUGGUCUCUGCCAGGAUGCUAUCCGCUUUGUGUCCAGGAUGGAUAAAGGGGCUGAUCUCAGUGAUAUCCAGAAGGCAUCGGCGGGGUCUUUAGCCUCCAUCUUCUCCUCCAUGGCGAUAUGUCCAACCGAGCUGGUGAAAUGUCGCAUGCAGGCCAUGCACGAAAUGGAAGCAUCUGGCAAGAUCGCAAGUGGACAGAGAAGCACAGUGUGGACCGUCGUGAAGACAGUGUUGAAGACAAACGGCCCCCUGGGUUUCUACCAAGGACUGACAUCCACCAUGGUCAGGGAGAUACCAGGAUACUUCUGCUUUUUUGGGGCCUAUGAACUGUGUCGGUCUAAAUUUGCGCAGUACAUGGGCACAGACAAGGACAGUAUAGGUGUUCUUCCGCUCAUGUUCAGCGGUGGAUUUGGGGGAGCUUGUCUGUGGUUGAUGGUCUAUCCCAUAGACUGUGUGAAGUCCAGGAUCCAGGUGUACUCUUUGGCUGGGAGGCAAGAGGGCUUCAUGAAGACCUUCAAGGGUAUCGUACGUAAUGAGGGGAUCACUGCUCUGUACUCGGGCCUGACUCCUACCAUGAUACGCACCUUCCCUGCCAACGGAGCCCUCUUCCUGGCCUAUGAGAUGAGUCGCAAGUUUAUGAUGGAGACAGCUGGCAACUGUGGAGCGUCUUGACACUUGAAGAAAGUUUGAUUAGCUGUGACACAUGGUUCUCUGCUGUGCUGGCCACAGUGAUUUGAAAUAAAGUGUUAAUCUCAACAUCCGUAUGUCAAGGGGUGACACUCACCUGUGAAUAUACUUCAUCAUGGUCGAAAGAUGCCUUCGUUUUACCUCGUCACUCAUUUUUCAGUGAGUUUUGCCAGUCAAAUCAUAACAAGAACUCAGAGAGCGGAAUAUAAACGGACAGCUCAACCUGCCCUCUCGGCAGUUUUAAGCAGUUCAGCUCAUCUCCUCAGCUGCACUAACAAUGAUAUUUAAGAAGAUUUCUUUUGACCCUCCUGAAUGCUCACCAUUUUCAACCUGUGGUAAAGUUGCAGAAACUUUCAAUUCACUAUCAUAAAAAAACCUCUUGAAAAUUGGACGGUUAAAGUAAAGCUGCAAAAAUCUAAUUAUAAAAGCAUGUGCAGUGCAAAUGGUUAUGUUGAGACUGAAAACCUCUCUUUUUUGUUUCGUUUUGUUUCGUUUUGUGUUUGCUGAAGCACAUUCUUAGCUGCCUGCCUCACCACAAGUCCUGUUCACACUCAACUGCUGUGUCCACUUGCAGCAGAAAAGACAAUGUUUUGAUGCACAGGAGUUAAAAUCACUUGAAAACCAUAUUCUGUUAAAAGAAAGUGUAUUUUUUGCUGAUUGUAAAUUAUAUCAUAAUAGUAGUUUUUUUAGUUUGAAGCUUGAAAUUUCAAGUAAUAAAUAAUCUUGGACAAGGGUGCGGAAACACUUAAUAAGAGGAAGUUAAUUCUUUGAUUUUGAGAAAAUGUCAGCUGCUCGGAAUUAUGAGCAGUCUUGCAUGGUGGAAUAAACAGUUUUAGACUAAGUACACACGCAUCAUUUUCUUUUUUACAAUUUACAACAAGCCCUGAAACUAACAAAAUGAAAUUUACAAAAGGGCUAAAAUAGCCUGUUGUGUGCAGUGUUGUGAACAACUGCACCGGGAUUCACAUGCACUCAUGUAGUGAGCUGGCAUGUCAUGUGACCAAGUAUCAUGUGACAGUGAAUUAAAGGGACCUCAGUGAAUAAUGAUGGAAACCAGCAGCUCACAUGUCGGUUGUUAGGGCUCCAAAGCUCACACAAUUGUUGUCAUGUUUUCAAACAGGUACGUGUGUUGUUGGGCAAAGUGUCUCAUAACAGAACAGAUCUAUUGAACACUGAAAGCCAAACUGGCUACGAUUGUAGAUCAUAAUGAUGUUAUGCUCGCUGUAAUUAAUCACACAGCAUUUUGAGAGUCAUCAUGUGCUUUAAUUUGUUUGCACACUUACUUGGGUUUAUUUGAUCUCACAUGCAUGUAGUAGUGCAGAGAUGUGGAAACCAUCAUCUCCUCUUUUAGUGGAUUUGUUGGUCAACUCCCAAACCACCAACAUAAAAGCUCAUUUGUGUUGCAUUUCUUUCCUAAACACUGAUCAGUUCAGUGGUUUAGUGAAGGUUUAUGUGUGUUCCAAUAACCAUACCUCCAUUCUAUUAAUAUGCCAGACAAAUAUCUAGUAUGUCCUAAUACAUAGUAUAUCAAAUACAGUUUGCCACAAAUACCAGGAUGUACUGCGUCGGGUCGCAUUUUGCAGCACGCAAACAACUGGUGAUGUCUGAGAUGCCAUAUUUAAUUCUGAGGAGAAAACACUGACUGGACAGAUUGUUUUGUAUCUCCUGUGGGUCUGACUUCAAAGGAGUCAGAUCCAAAUAUCUCAAUCCAGCUUCAAGUCUUUGACCCAACCGCUGCUUCAGCAAUAGAUUCCAAUUCCACGUAUUGAUCAUCUCUCCAUUGUUUGCAGUUUUGUCUUUGUCAUUGCCUCAACAGCAUUUAGAUAUUGACAACUUUGCUUUGAUUCACUUGUGUUUCUGAUGGCACAACAGUGUUCCUUUGACUUUCCUUUGCUCUUCCUCCUGAAUUUAUGAUGAGCCGUGACAAAUUACCUUACAAGGGAUUACGUAGUUAA